GUUUCAUUUCCGAGAACCCUCUUCUUCUUCUUCUUCCUUGGUUCACAUUGACGUAGUCAUAGUUUUCACCAUCUAAGAGAGAGAAGCGAUCUCAAAACGGAGUGAUGGCCGAUCAGAUUGCAAAAGGAGAAGAAUUUGAGAGGAAGGCUGAGAAGAAGCUCACCGGCUGGGGACUCUUCAGCUCCAAGUAUGAAGACGCCGCCGAAUUGUUUGAUAGAGCUGCCAAUUCUUUCAAGCUAGCCAAAUCAUGGGAAAAAGCUGGAUUAGUGUAUGUGAAGCUUGCGAAUUGUCAUUUAAAAUCGGAUAGCCAACAUGAAGCAGCUACUGCUUUUGCGGAUGCUGGUCAUUCCUAUAAGAAAAUAAAUUCCAAGGAGUCUGUAUCUUGCCUGGAGCAGUCUGUGAAUUUGUUUAUGGAGAUGGGGAGGCUCAAUAUGGCAGCAAGAUACUACAAGGAAAUUGCUGAAAUUUAUGAAUCUGAACAAAACCUGGAGCAAGCUAUUGUCUACUAUGAAAGGGCUGCUGAUCUUUUUCAAAGUGAAGAUGUGUCUACUUCGGCAAAUCAAUGCAGGCAGAAAAUUGCUCAGUUUGCUGCUCAAUUAGAACAAUAUCAGAAAUCAAUUGAAAUUUAUGAAGAUAUUGCACGCCAAUCCUUGAACAACAACUUGCUGAAGUAUGGAGUUAAAGGACAUCUUCUUAAUGCUGGGAUUUGCCAACUUUGUAAAGGGAAAGGAGAAACAGUUGCAAUCAACAAUGCACUAGAGCAAUAUCAGGACCUCGAUCCAACUUUUUCUGGGACGCGUGAGUACAGGUUAUUGGCGGAUUUGGCUGAAGCAAUUGACGAAGAAGAUAUUGCAAAGUUUACAGACGCAUUGAAGGAAUACGACAGCAUGACCCAACUGGAUGCUUGGAAAACAACACUUUUGUUGAGAGUGAAGGAUAUGCUGAAGGAUAAGGAGCUCGAAGAGGACGAUCUCACAUAAAAUUGCUACUUACUAGCUGGCUUUCCUUUUUACCGACGAUGAUAAUUUGGUACUACUCUGGUUUGAUUGGUUGUGUGAUUUACUCUUUCUUUCAUUUAUAAUACUACUAUUUCUAUCUACUCUACUUGAUUUUGGGCCUCCAAAAAUAUCAUGAGUGCAUGCGUUUGUUAAUUAAUUUCGAUACACAUGAUUAACCUUCUUAAACUUGUAUUUAUUUGAUUAAUUGGAUAACGGUUUUUACUUUC